AUGCGAUGGACCCUGACAGGGACAGGCGGGGAGCGCACUUGCCAGUCUUUACUGCUCACCACCUCUUCCAAGGUAUUUACCUGGUCACUCCCCCUGUCUAGCUGGACUGCCCUUCUCAUCCGCUCCUCCGGGUUGAUGGUUGCGAUGCUGCACCUGAUAUCCCAUCUGGUGGCGUUGGCCCUGCUGGUGGCCCCGGCCCGGGCCACGGCGACCAUUCCGUCCUAUGUAUACGACUAUGCCCCUCUGAUCUGGCUGCAUAGCCAGGAUGCAUACCGACCGGGCGACCUCCAAGCACAGCUCGACCACACCACGCCCGAGGUCAACUGGACCGCGAUCCAGGGCGCGCCAUCUCCGUUGACGCUGAGCAACCUCGACCAGCUCAACAACCUGGGCAAUACCAGUGUGUACCUGACAUCCCACGAGGGCAUCGCCGCAUACCCUGAACCAGCCUGGUUCCGCGGUAUCACGCCGGACUCACAGGGACGUAUCGGUAAUGGAACAGGGUGUGCGAUUAUCGUUGUGGACCAUGGGAGUGGGAAUGUCGAUGCUUUCUAUUUCUACUUCUACCCCUACAACAAAGGCGACCUGGUGCUCGGCUUGGAAUUCGGUGAUCAUAUUGGUGACUGGGAGCACAACAUGAUCCGCUUCGCCAAUGGCACCCCACAGGCCAUGUGGUUCAGCCAGCACUCCAGCGGCCAGGCCUUCACCUAUGGUGCCCUCGAGAAGAAAGGCAAACGGCCAUAUGCCUACUCCGGCAACGGCACACAUGCUAGCUAUGCCGUCGCAGGCCAACACGACCACACAAUCCCGGGCAUAAACCUACCCACCGGCUUCCUGCUCGACUACACAGACCGCGGCAUCCUUUGGGACCCCACGCUCAACGCCUACGCCUAUACCUACGACCCGUCGACGCGCACCUUCACCGCCAGCGGCGACUACCCCGUCUCCUGGUUGGACUUCAACGGCCGGUGGGGUGACGACCAGCCGCCGGGCGAGCCAUCAAUCUUCGGCGAGGCCAAGUAUGUGGCCGGACCUAAUGGGCCGAAAUUUAAGACGCUGGAUCGGACGCUGGUUUGUCCGUCGACGCCGUGUAUUGUGUUGCCGUUUAAGAUUUUCGCGGCGACGGCGAGUAGGACGACGUAG